GGCGUUCUCAAGGGGCGCGGCCUUUCUUGCGAAAUCCUGUGCUACGCUUCGUUCCCGAGCUAUAUAAGUCUAGUCGGAGAAGUUCACAGCAUCAGUCAACCUCGAGAGACACAGCCAUGGCCUUUAAGUUCGUAGUAUUCGCCGCCCUCGUGGCAGCCGCCAACGCCGGAGCCAUUCCAGCAGCACCCCUGGCCUAUCACGCAGCUGCACCCCUGGCCUACCAUGCACCUGCACCCUUGGCCUAUCACGCACCUGCACCUUUGGCUUAUGCCGCUGCACCCAUCGCUAAGGCUGUAAUAACCAAGGCCGUCGAUGCUGACUACGACCCUCAUCCCCAGUACAGCUACGCCUACGACGUCCAUGAUGGCAUCACCGGCGACAUCAAGAACCAGCACGAGACCCGUGACGGAGACGUCGUCCAGGGUAGCUACUCCCUGAUUGAAUCUGACGGAACCCGCCGCACUGUCGACUACACCGCUGAUCCCGUCAACGGAUUCAACGCCGUCGUCCACAAGGAACCCGCCACCGUCGCUGUCAAGGCUGCACCCGUAGUUGCUAAAUACGCCGCACCUAUCGCUCACGCAGCACCCUUGGCCUACGCCGCUCCAGCUCCUGCUCACUACGCCUAUGCUGCCCCAGCAGCCCAGUAUGCCUACGCAGCCCCCGCAGCCUACGCCUAUCAUCAUGAGAAGGAAAGUCCCCAUGGCGCACGAUUAUCGCUAUUAUGCCUGACGAGGACAUGGUACAUAGACAGGAAAGGAGUUCUGGACUUCCCGGUACAUCCGGUAGAAUUUUGUUCCCGGAUAUUGGAUGGCGAGAGCAAAUGGGAAUGGCCUUCGAGAUAUUUAGUGGUAGUAGGCGGGGGCAGCGGCGUACUUGGCUACAACGGGGGAAGCGGCGUACUUAGCGACAACGGGACCGGCGGCGUAUGCACCGGGUGCAGCAUAGGCGACGGGACCAGCGGCGUACUUGGCUACGACGGGGCCGGCGGCGUAUGCACCGGGUGCAGCAUAGGCGACGGGACCAGCGGCGUACUUGGCUACGACGGGGCCGGCGGCGUAUGCACCGGGUGCAGCAUAGGCGACGGGGGCAGCGGCGUACUUGGCUACGACGGGGCCGGCGGCGUGAACAGCGGGUGCGGCAUAGGCGACAGGGGCAGCUGCGGCAUAUUUGGCAACGACUGGGGCGACGGUCUUGACGGCAACGGUGGCGGGUUCCUUGUGGACGACGGCGUUGAAUCCGUUGACGGGGUCAGCGGUGUAGUCGACAACACGGCGGGUUCCGUCAGCUUCGACGAGGGAAUAGCUACCCUGAACAACAUCUCCGUCACGGGUCUCUUGCUGGCUCUUGGCGUCGCCGGUGAUGCCAUCAUGGACAUCGUAGGCGUAGCUGUACUGGGGAUGAGGGUCGUAGUCAGCAUCGACGGUCUUGGCGACGACAGCCUUGGCGACUGGUGCAGCGGCAUAAGCCAAAGGUGCUGGUGCAUGGUAGGCCAAGGGUGCAGCGGCUUGGUAGGCCACAGGUGCUUGGAUCAGGUUUCCAGCAUUGACAGCGGCCACGAGGGCGGCGAAGGCGACGAACUUGCUCCAGUAAGAAACCACAUAAUGGCUUUCAAGUUCGUUGCCUUCGCCGCCCUCGUGGCCGCUGUCAAUGCUGGAAACCUGAUCCAAGCACCUGUGGCCUACCAAGCCGCUGCACCCUUGGCCUACCAUGCACCAGCACCUUUGGCUUAUGCCGCUGCACCCAUCGCCAAGGCUGUCGUCGCCAAGACUGUCGAUGCUGACUACGACCCUCAUCCCCAGUACAGCUACUCCUACGAUGUCCAUGAUGGCAUCACCGGUGACGCCAAGACCCAGCAAGAGAGCCGUGAUGGAGAUGUUGUCCAUGGUAGCUACUCCCUGAUCGAAGCCGACGGAACCCGCCGUGUUGUAGAAUACACCGCUGACCCCGUCAACGGAUUCAACGCCGUCGUCCACAAGGAACCCGCCACCGUUGCCGUCAAGACCGUCGCCCCAGUCGUUGCCAAAUACGCUGCCCCAGCUCCUCUCGCAUACGCUGCCCCCGUAGCUAAGUACGCCGCCGCCCCGGUUGCUGCUGCCUACUAUCAUUAAAUUACGAAAGCCAUUAUUUAUUGAAUAAAUCAUCUUUUAGCAAGUAAA